AAAUCAUGUUUAUGUUAUGUGGACUGAUGAAGGAUCAAUUAAUUCACAUUGCUGUUAGGGAUAAGGCUGUAGUGAAUCAUGUUCAAACUGUUAAUACGAACAUGAUUGCUUCUCCUUUUUUGUUGGAGUCUGCUCCUAACAAUUACAGUUUUGCACAAGAUGAGGAUACAUGUAAAGAUUCAAGUCAAACUGGUAGUAUUGUUGAUUCAAGUGCUGCUUCUUCUUCUUGUUUGAGUAUGGAUUUUGAUGGUAUUAGCAGUGAGUUUGGAAAUGAAUAUUUAGGCAAAUAUGGUAGUUGUGGAGGGCGUAAAUAUUUGUCUACUGAUUGGGAGGGUUAUAUUACUCAUGAGGGUCAGAAGUUUGAGGGUGGAGUUUGUGAAUUCCGUGAUAAGUUGGCUAAGUACGCGAUUGAGAAUGGUUUUAAGAUGAAGUAUUUGAAGAAUGAGCCUCGUCGUGUUACUGCUGUGUGUGCUAAGAAGGAAUCAAAUGGCUGUGAGUGGAAUGUGCAUGCUGUUAAGUCUAAUGUAAAUGGAUUUUUCUAUAUUAAGAAUUUAAAUAAUGUACACAGUUGUAGUGGUUUGAUCCGUGAGAAGAGAAAUAAGGCAAUGGGGUCUCGUUUGGUGUCUUCAAUUGUCAAAGAUAAAGUUCGUAGCAAUCCUUUGGUAAGGCCUAUUGAGCUAAUUACUGAUUUGAAAGAAAAUUAUGGAUUGGAUGUCCCUUAUCAUGUUGCGUGGUAUGGGAAGGAGUCGGCUACUAAGGAGUUACAUGGUGAUGAGGAGUUGUCUUAUGCUCACCUGCCUUGGUAUGUUGAUGUUUUGAAGGCCAGCAAUGUCGGGUCUCAUUGUGUGCUUGACUGUGGCGAGGAUGGUUCUCGUUUCCAGCGGAUCUUUAUAUGUUAUAAGGCCUCCAUUGAUGGUUUUCGAUGGUGUAGGCCUAUGCUGUUUAUUGAUGGUACUUUCGUUACAAACAAGUACAAGGGUACUCUUCUAGGAGCUACUGCAAAGAAUGGGAAUAAAGAGGUAUUCCCUUUUGCCUUUGCUAUUGUAUCCGGUGAAACUUCUGACAAUUGGAGAUGGUUUCUGCAAAGGAUAUCUGAAGUUUUGGUGGAUGAAGGUAGGCAACUUACAUUCAUUUCUGAUAGGCAUGGUGCUAUUAUCGAUGCUGUUAGGACUGUUUUUCCUGCUUCUGCCCAUGGUUUUUGUCUAUAUCAUUUGAAAGAGAACUUGAAAAAGAAGUAUCCGCAUUCUUUGUUGUAUGCACCGACUGUUGAGGAAUAUCAAGAUAUUUUGAAAAAAUUAAGAGAUGAUGGCGGUUCAAAAAUAAUUGAUAAGUUUUUGGCUGAUCUCCCUGUCCAAAAUUUUGCUAAUGCAUUUUUUCCGGGAAAGAGGUAUGGGGAGGUUAGUAAUGCCUUGUCCGAGUCGUUUAAUUCAUGGGUUAAGGAUGUGCGUAGGCUUCCAAUUUAUGAGAUGAUUGACACUAUUAGGGUCAAAAUGAUGGAGAUGAUUUCUAGGAGGAAGCUUGCAUCCGAGAAAUGGUGUAGUGUUUUGUGUCCGGUUAUUGAGGAUGAGUUGAAGAAUUUAGCUGCAAAGGGUCGUCAUUGGAGGAUAUGUCGCGCGAGUGAAUCUAUAUUUGAAGUUCAUGCUGAUUUGAGUGUUAUGGUCAAUUUGGACGAGAGGUUUUGCUCCUGUUAUCAGUGGCAAUUGCUUGGGUUUCCGUGUCAGCAUGCGAUUCAAGUUAUCCAACAUUCCGGGUUAUGUUUGUAUAACUUUGUUGAUGAGUAUUACAAGGCAGACUUUUAUAGGGCUACUUAUGCAACCCCUAUAUUUCCUAUACCUGAUAUUGAGAAGCCUCCUGCUGGAGAUGUUUUUCUUCUUCCUCCGCAUACAAGAAAGCCUCCGGGACGACCUCCGACAAAGCGCUUCAAGUCAAGCAGUGAAACUACAAGGCAGUUGAAGUGCAAGAGAUGCGGUUCUUGUGAUCGUCAUAAUAGGAGGACUUGCAAGGCUCCUAUUUGA